AUGAUUUGCUCUGCCCAGGGUCAGCUGGACAUGGAGGGGGCCCUGACUGCCAGGAGCCGAGUCGGUAUUCAAGAUUUCGUACUGCUGGACGAAACAACGGAGACUGCUUUUCUCAGUAACCUCAAGAAACGCUUCCAAGAAAAUCUUAUUUAUACGUACAUUGGAACAUUGUUGGUGUCUGUCAAUCCUUACAAAGAGCUAAGCAUCUACAACAAGAAGCAGAUGGAUUUGUACAUGGGGGUCAACUUUUUUGAGCUCCCCCCACACAUCUAUGCCCUAGCGGACAACGCCUAUCACACAAUGCUGGCUGAGUUAAGCAACCACUUCAUACUCAUCUCUGGUGAGAGUGGAGCUGGGAAGACUGAGGCCUCCAAGAAGAUUCUGCAGUAUUACGCCGUCAGCUGUCCCAGCACCACCCUGCUGGACACAGUCAGAGACAAGAUGCUAAUGUCCAAUCCGGUCCUAGAGGCUUUUGGAAAUGCCAAGACUUUGAAGAAUGACAACUCAAGUCGUUUUGGGAAGUACAUGGAUAUCCAGUUUAACAGUGAGGGCGAUGCAGUUGGAGGCCACAUACUAAAUUACCUCCUGGAGAAAUCCCGGGUUGUUCAUCAGAACCAUGGCGAGAGGAACUUCCACAUUUUCUAUCAGUUGGUGGAUGGAGGAGAUGAGGAGCUGCUGCAGAGGCUCGGCCUGGAGAGAGACUGUGGACAUUACAACUACUUAACCCAAGGAGAAUGUGCCAUUGUGCCAUCGAUUAACGACAAAAACGACUGGAAGUCUGUGAAGAAUGCCCUGCAAAUCAUCGACAUUGAUGAGACGAACAGAAAUAACUUGUUUGAGAUCAUUGCCAGUGUUCUUCACUUGGGCAACGUUCAUUUUGAGUCAGACGCUAAAGGCCACGCCAUUCUGAACAACAACAACGCAGACGUACGAUGGGUGUCGAAUCUGCUGGGUGUGGAUAACUACAGACUUCAAGAAGGUCUGACGUACAGGAAGAUUGAAGCUAAGCAAGAUCAGGUUCUCAGCCCAUUCAGUAUUGAUCAUGCUGUGUAUGCCAGAGACGCCCUGGCCAAGGCUAUCUAUGGACACACCUUUACCUGGCUGGUCAACAGGAUCAACGAGUCCUUAGAGAACACAGACGCUUCUAGGAAGACAGUCAUUGGACUUUUGGACAUCUAUGGCUUUGAGGUUUUUUACGUGAACAGUUUUGAGCAGUUUUGUAUUAAUUACUGUAACGAGAAGCUGCAGCAGCUUUUCAUCCAGCUCACGCUGAAGUCCGAGCAGGAGGAAUAUGAAGCAGAAGACAUUGAGUGGGAGCCUGUGCAGUUCUUUAAUAACAAGAUCAUCUGUGACCUGGUUGAAGAAAAACAUAGAGGGAUCAUAUCAAUACUGGACGAAGAAUGUCUGAGGCCAGGCGACGCUACAGAUCUGACCUUUCUAGAGAGACUGGAGGAGAAGAUGGGAAAUCACCCCCACUUUGUUACGCACAAACUGGCAGACAAAAUGACCCGGAAGUCUCUGGAGAGGGGAGAUUUCCGUCUCCUGCAUUACGCCGGGGAGGUCACCUACUGUGUUGUGGGGUUUCUGGACAAAAAUAAUGAUCUCCUAUAUCGGAAUAUCAAAGAUCUGAUACGCCAGUCCAAGAAUGCCAUUGUGAGAGAAUGCUUCACCACCAUGGUUCCUGACAGCAAACGAAGACCAGAAACAGUGGCGACCCAGUUUAAGAGCAGCCUGCUGAAGCUGACAGAGAUCCUGAUGGCUAAAGAGGCCUGGUACAUCCGCUGUCUAAAAUCCAAUGAGUCCAAGCAGCCCGGGCAGUUUGACGAAGCACUGAUCAGACACCAGGUGAAGUAUCUGGGCCUGAUGGAGCACCUCAGAGUGCGGCGUGCUGGCUUUGCUUACAGAAGGAAGUAUGAGAUAUUUUUGCAGAGAUACAAACCUCUGUGUCCAGCCACGUGGCCGCACUGGCGAGGACUUCCUGCUGAUGGAGUGGAGGUCCUGGUCCAGCAUCUGGGAUACAUGCCAGACGAGUACAGAAUGGGGCGCACCAAAAUCUUUAUCCGCCAUCCAAGGACUCUUUACGCAACUGAGGAUGCUUUUGAGAAAUGUAAACAUCAGCUAGCCACCAGACUUCAGGCCAAGUACAAAGGAUAUCGAGCAAAAGGAGAGUUCAAGAAACAAAAAGAAGCUGCCACCAAGAUCGAGACCUGCUGGAGAGGCGUGCAGGCCCGGAAGGAGAGGGACAAGAGAGCCUGGGCUGUGAAGGUCAUUAAGAAGUUCAUCAAAGGCUACAUGACCAGAGGUCAAGCAAAAACCACAGACAACUCUGAGUAUCUGGCCUUUGUGAGACAGAACUACCUGAACAAGCUGAAAAGCAACCUGCCAAAAACAGUCCUGGAUAAAACCACCUGGCUGCCGCCGCCACACGUGCUGAGCGAGACAUCCGAGCUGCUGCGGAAGCUUCACUACCGACUACUGGUGAGGAAAUAUGUGAGAGGAAUCACACCACAGAAGAAGGCACAGUUUGAGUCCAAGUUCAUCACCAGCACUAUGUUUAAAGGGAAGAAGGAGAGUUAUCCUCAAAGUGUAGCUCAACCAUUUGUGGACACCAGAAUCAGUGAACAGGACAUCAACGUCAGGGUCCUGCAGAUGAUCCGCAGUGAGCAGAUCAAGUACAGCGUUCCCGUGAUCAAAUACGACAGGAACGGCUUCAAACCCAGAGCUCGGCAGCUCAUUCUCACCAGGGCCGCUGCCUACGUGGUGGAGGAGGCGAAGAUCAAGCAGCGGGUCCAGUACACGUCCCUCACAGGUGUUUCGGUCAGUAAUUUGACUGACUGCGUUAUUGUGUUCCACAUCACAUGUGAGGAUCCGAAACAGAAGGGGGAUCUGGUCAUGCACUGUGACCACCUGUUCGAGCUUCUGACCAAGCUCAGCGUCAUCGCUAACAAGCAGAAUGCUAUCAAAGUGGUUCAGGGAAGCAUCAAGAUUGAGAUCCAGGCUGGAAAAGAAGGCGGUGUGGACUUCAGCACCGGUCAGGAGCCGAUGGUCUACAAGGCUAAGAACGGACACCUCAUGGUGGUGGCGACACGGACCAGGACGCGAUAAGCAACACGUCCCUGCACAUUUCAUCAUGAGCCACAAAUGGAGACAGAAGUGUCCUCAGUUGAAGAUUCAGUCCUAUUCAUCAUCAACCACAGCCUCAGAUAGCAGUGUUAUUAGGUAUUUCGGUAGGAUCCUGGAUGCUGCAAGGAUUCUGUUAUCUUACACUCAUGAGUAACUGUAUUUUACUGGAGUCUGGAAUCAACUUUUCCCCAUGUCUCUGCUGGUUAAGUAAGCUUUUAACUAUAUCGGAAGUUGCCCACCUGCCAUUUAGGUCACCCUAACUUUGCUGACCAGAGUGGGCUCAGAUGAUAAACCUUCUGUGAAACUGCCCGACAAAUGUUGCAACCGAAAUACUACUUAGCAUCACACAGAAGCAUGAGUCAGAUUGUGACGUCCACUCACGGUUUCAACUGUCAUGUUUAGAGGUGUAUCUUCAGUCAAGUGGAGUUUCAAAGUGUCCUCUCUCCUCCAAGUUCAACUGGAGUUUGAAUCAUUCAAGAUGUUUUUUCUGCCUUAAAGACUUCGAAUGCUAGCAAAAGAGCCAUAUGUAAGAUACUUUUGUACAAUGACUGAAGACGCAGAAUAAAGAGAGAUCUUUGUAGAAAUUUAUUUGUGAUAAA